GCCUUCGUAUUUAUAGUAGUAGAACGACUUGGGCUUCAAGACAAAAUUAGGGCUUCUAGAAUUGCGGCAGCAGUGAUAUAUUUUUGAAAAUAAUAGUUCUAUUUUUGAAACACAAAAAUAUAUUUUCCAAAAAUAUAAUUCCUUUAGAAAAUAUAACUAGGGUUUCGGCUGCCUCCUGAAACAUAUUAAACACGUGCGCCUUCCUCUGUAAGAAACCUUGAAACAAUUCUUCAAUCAAAUCUUCAAAAGAUUGAGUAGAAAUUAAAAACCGCUAGCUGGCGCGCACAGAUACAGAGACAGGUGUUGUUCCAAAGUGUACCAACAUUUGUCACAAUACUUGGGGUCAGCACAUAUGUCUCAACACUUGACUAAAAUAUGUUUUUGCAAAAUGUAGCCAACAUACAAAAACCCAACAAGAAGAAAAGUAACAACCAAAUCCUUUCUCUUAUCGGACAGUAUUUAUAAUACUCAGUACAAACAAAUAAACCGUGACUGAUACAUACAGUCUUGUCUUCAUGGAUAACUCUCCCAGAAUAUAGUGGAAUCUAUCUCCAUUUUCCUAUCCUAUCAUGAAUUCAAAACAAAUUCCAGUAGUUACACUUGUGGCCAUAAAUGAAAUGAGAAAGGGUUCCUAAUUAACAGUUUCUAGAUUAGAUAGAAAUACAAACCUUUUCUCCUGAUCUCUCAUAUCAUUAUCCACAUGCAAAUAAAAUUUAUACGUGCAUAAAUAUAUGAAGAAAUAACAAUAAAUACAAUGUAACUCAUUCUCAUCCUAUGCUUUGAUUUUCACCUUAUCAAAAUACAAUUCAUUAUCUUAUGAUAAUCAUUUAGUCACCAUAAUAUAUAUAAAGGAAAUUAUAUCACUCAACAGAAACAAAAGCUUAAAGCUAUGUCCACCUUUCUUCAAACUUUUCUUUCACAAGAAAGCUUACAUUCAAUAUUCCCUAUGCUUUUCUUCACUAUCUUCCCACUAUUUCUUAUUUCUCUUUUCUUCAUCAUCAAAUAUUGGUAUGUCGACAAUUCUUCUGUCACACAAAAAAACUCACUACCGUCACCUCCAAGAUUACCUCUACUUGGUAAUCUCCAUCAACUUGGCUUAUUGCCUCACCGGUCGCUCCAAAAUUUAUCACACAAAUAUGGCCCUUUAAUGCUUCUUUAUUUUGGGAAGGUUCCAGUACUUGUGGUUUCCUCUGCUGAUGCAGCACGAAAAGUAAUGAAAACUUAUGAUUUGGUUUUCUCUGAUAGGCCACAAAGUAAAAUCUUCGAUAUCCUUUUUUAUGGUUUCAAAGAUGUGGCAAGUUGUGGAUAUGGUGAGUAUUGGAGACAAAUAAAGAGUCUCUGUGUGUUACAUCUUCUGAGUAACAAAAGGGUUCGAUCUUAUCAUCGUGUAAGAGAGGAAGAAACUUUAAGAAUGGUGGAAUAUAUUAAGGAGCAUUGUUGUUCUUCUGCUUUGCCGUUGAAUUUAACGGAGUUGUGUUCUACAAUUACUAAUGAUAUAGUAUGUAGGGUGGCUUUAGGAAAAAGAUACCGUGAAGGAAGAGAGAUGAAAUUGCAGGAGGUGUUGUUGGAAUUUGGAGAGUUAUUGGGCACUGUAUGUAUAGGAGACUAUAUACCUUGGCUUGAUUGGUUGGGAAAAGUUAAUGGUUUUUAUAUCAGGGCAGAAAAAUGUGCUAAAUAUUUGGAUGAGUUUAUAGAACAAGUAAUUGAGGAGCACAUUAGUCAUAGGUUGAGGAAUGGUACCGUUGAUAAUGAGGAGCAGGGUGAUUUUGUCGAUGUUUUGCUUUCUGUUCAGAAGACUAAUGCUAUUGGCUUCCCAAUUGAUAGAACUUCAAUAAAAGCUUUGAUACUAGACAUGUUUGCUGCAGGUACAGACACUACCUACACAGUCCUAGAAUGGGAAAUGACAGAAUUGUUAAGACACCAAACUGUGAUGCAUAAAUUGCAAGAUGAGGUCAGAACUGUGGUUGGAAAAAAAACUCAGGUAACUGAAGACGAUUUGGUUAACAUGAACUACUUGAAAGCUGUGAUCAAAGAAACUCUUCGCCUGCACGCCCCGAUUCCAUUAUUAAUCCCUCGGAAAUCUAUGGAAGAUAUCAAACUAGAUGGCUAUGACAUUGCAGCUGGAACACAGGUAAUAGUGAAUGCUUGGGCAAUUGCAAGAGACCCUUCAAUUUGGGAAGAACCUCUAGAGUUUAAACCAGAAAGGUUUAUGAACAGUUCAAUAGAUUUCAAAGGAUUGAAUUUUGAACUUAUCCCAUUUGGAGCAGGAAGGAGGGGUUGUCCUGGAGUGUUAUUUGCCACUGCUGUAAAUGAAUUGGUUCUAGCAAACCUUGUUUACCAAUUUGAUUGGAAAUUGCCUGAUGGAGUAGCAGGGAAGAAUUUGGACAUGUCUGAGACUGGUGGCAUUACUUGUCAUAGAAAAUACCCUCUACUUGCAGUAGCUACAAAAUAUGACAGAAAUGAAUAAACAGUGACAAUAGUUAAGAUGCCAAGAAUGACAUUAUUAAAUUGUUAAUAACUACUAUAAUUGAACAAUGUAUAAGUAAAGCAAAUACUAUUUUUUGUGCCAUAUAAUGUAGUUGCAACUUGCAACCCAAUGAGUGGACAGAAGAGCUAUAUAAAUAAAUGGAUAUGUAAUAAGACACCCAGCAUGUGUUAACGGUGAAGUCCGCCA